CCCCUCUUGCGUUUGUGAUUCAUAGUUGAAGAGCUGCAGCAGACUGUUUAGUGUCUUAUGUGUUUGUGAAGCAUUAACAACUGGUCAAAAGGAUCCGUAUCUAAAGAUAUUGCCAUCAUGAAGACAGUUUUCGUUAUUUAUUUGCUGGUCACACUGUUACACUUUGUGUUAUGCUGUGAGGAAGAAAUGCAUUAUAAGAACAAAAAUGGUGAUUGCUGCAAGAAAUGUGGACCAGGUAAGAGGAUGAUGAUGGACGACAACUGUCAGGACCCGCGCUGUCAGGACUGCAGAAUCGGAGAGUAUCAGAGUGGCUACACAAGUAAUACCAGAUGCGAACGCCAGCCCAGCUGUGACGCCAAUUUACAUUUAAAGCCACAAGAGGAUAUACCCAUAACAACCCGUCUAAACAAAUGCGUUUGUGAGCCUGGAUACUACUGUACAAAAGAGGAUGACUGCAGCGCUUGUAUGGAACACAGUGUUUGCAAGCCAGGAGAGAGAGUCGCCAAAAAAGGUACACAGGAAAGUGAUACUAAGUGUGAACCCUGUAAAAACGGAACAUUCUCCGAUCACGAUUCAGCCGACACUUGCAAGGAAUGGACAACAUGUGACUACGGGUAUGAUCAAAACACUCCUGGCAGUUCAACUUCAGACCGCAGCUGUUUGGGUUCACCCGUUUACAGAGCUGCCAUUGGCGUGGGAGUUGCAGUACUUGUGUUGCUUUUCAUCAUAGUUUUAGCUGUGUAUUUUAACAUGUUAAAGAAAAAACAGGGGUGGAAAGCGGUAAAACCGUUCGCCGAGAACCUAAAGGUUAAGCCCUUAAACAUAAAACCGAUCCAUCACCAGGCAGAUCCUGAGAUAGGAGACCAACUGAACAACCAACAGCCUGAGGAGGACUUUGACCCCAGCGAGCCUGUGAGCCCCACGCCAAGUAACAUGACAGAAAAUGGAAAUGUUGUUGAUCAAGAACAUGGCAAGGAACAUAUCAUUUCAAGUACUGAAUCAAAUGCAUAUUCAUAUUCAUAUUCAUAGAGGAAAGUCUUGUACAGCGUACAGAAAUCUGUCCUCCCAUCAUGAUACAACCAUCAAUGAAUGCAUUACAUUAUAAAGCACUGCAUUGCUCUAAACGUCCCCAAACCAGCAUGUGUCUUAUACAAUCAUACAAGUGUUUUUUCAUGACUGAAACUGUUUCUCCAUAGCAUGAGCUGUGUGUUUUCAAACAUAUGCUGUAGAAACUACUCUGUGCUGCUGAGAGUGUUUGCCGUGUCCUGUGGUAGUUAUGAAAUAUAAUCCACCAACAUAAUAAUCACAAGUCCAAAAUAGAAAGCACAUAAACAAAAUUGUAGUGGUGUUUGAGGAUAGCUUUUUGUUGAGCUAGCAUACACACACACACGUUUCCUUCUUCUAAAAGAGCAAGGAAGAAAAGUGGUGACGCACUAUAAAAAAGUUCCUAUGGAUGCUUUUCCCAGAAUGCUUGACAAACCACAACUUUCUUGAAUGGAAGUAAACUUUUCAGAACUCUUCAAAACUUUCCUAGUCAGAAGUGUUAGCUGGGAUGGAGUAUAGCGUUGUACAUAAAAGAAUGAGUAUAUUGUUUUAUUAUGCUCAACAUCAUGUAUGUUUUAAUAUUUUGGCGUUUUUGUAUGUAUUUGUUUGCUGUUAGACAGAUUGUUAAAUGGGAUUUCGGUGAUGCUUUGUAUUGUUUAAUGUAAAUAUGUCCAUUGAAAAUCACAAUUUUUGUUUGUGAAUUGUUCUUUUAUUGUAUUUUCUUUCAGGUGUAUGUAAAAUAAACUAUAUAUCAAAGCA